AUGGGUGUGUCCUCCCCCCCCUCUUCCUUCCACCACCGACCAGGGUUUUUUUUUCCACUCCUCCGCCUGGAGCCGGCUCUAAUAAACCGCCGCAGUUAUCUCAUCCUCCAGCGCAGCGCCGACCUUUGCUCGGACUUUGUCCUGGUGGCUCUCUGCCCGGCCCUGGAGAGCCCGGGAGUGCUGGCAGCCGUGGACACCACCGUGCACAAGUCUGUGGGCGAGCGCUUCAAGAUCUCCGGUUUCCCCACCGUCAAGUACUUUGAGCGCGGAGAGGACAAAUACACGCUGCCCCACCUCCGGAGCAAAGAAAAGAUAAUCGAGUUCAUGCACAGCUUUUGCUCUCCUUCCCGCAGCCCUCAGGCCCCCCCGCCGCCCGAGCAGUCCUGGGAGGAAACGCCGUCCAGCGUCAGCCAUCUUGGAUCCGAGGAUUUCAGAGAGGCCGUGAAGAAGAAAAAACACGCUUUGGUCAUGUUCUACGCUCCCUGGUGUCCGCAUUGCAAAAGCUCCAUCCCUCACUUCACCACGGCGGCGGAGCUCUUUAAGGAGGACCGCAAGAUCGUCUACGCCGCCGUGGACUGCACGAAGGGCCAGAACCACGAGCUUUGUAAGCAGGAGGGGGUGGAGGGAUACCCCACCUUCAACUACUACAACUACGGCAAGUUCGUGGAGAAGUACGGGGGCGACCGCGGGGAGGGCGGCUUCACGGGCUUCAUGCGCAGCCUGAGAGGACGGGACCAGGAGAAGGUGGUGAAGAGGAAGGAGGAGCUCUGA